CGGCGCUGCUCGACGCAUCCGUCUCACACCUCUUGCUCAAGACCGCCAACUCACAAACGCCCCAAAUCGACGUCUCUGGAUCAAGCAGGCAGGCGGCCUGAUGUUUGCGCUGCGAAUAUCGACCCAGCAAUAAAGUCAUUCUACCACCUGUUCGAUAUAUCUUUUCUUCCCUCAUCACCGGCACGCCGGCCCUCACCCGUCAUGGCCUCAUCCCUCGCAGAGACUCGCAAGAACACUUCUCACGCAAACGUCUGCUCCGACCCGUCGUGUCCUGUCGGUCUUUUCCAUGCGCUUGAAACGCCGUUGCUCUCCCAAAUUUUAUCUGUUUCGUUUGACUCGAUCUCUUCUCGAGGACUUUUGUAUAUCACGCUUAGCGCUUGUCUUGGUCGGGACCCUAUACUCUGGCAGUCGACGACUUGCAUCUGGGUCGACUCACGACGGAGCGGAUAAAAGCCCCCAUCAAACCAGUUUCACACCCCUACACUCAAUUUCCCAUUCUGACAGCACGGCUUUCAAGCAGAAAUAUCAAUAUUCUCAUUUUGUCUUUGAGUAUGUAUGUAUAUGCCUCGUGGAACGUAAAUCAUCGCUAGCGGCGUGAGAAAGCCAUCUGACGGCAAAUUUCUUUGUCUUGGUCUAGUUUCUUUUCUUUCUUGCUUUCACUUUCAUUACGCGCUCGGGUUUUUUG